UGUUGUUGUUGUCGUGGCGGUUUUCUGGGCCUUAGAAGUCGAAGCCAGAACUCUCCAUGUGGCGAGCCCAGGCCUGGGCUGACUUGGGCCUUCCAAGGGCCGGAGGCUGUGAGGAAUGAUGGGAGUUGAAGUCCAAACCCCUGAAGGGAAGGCCCAAGUAGGCCCAGGCCUGUACCAUUGGAGUUUGCCGUCCAGAUGACUUGCCAGAAUUGUGUGGAGGCUGUUCAGAAGACUCUGAAAGGAGUGCCGGGCCUCCAGCUUUUGGAUGUGCAGCUGGAUUCCCAGACGGUGCUGGUGGAGACCAGCCUGGGCACCGAAGAGGUCCAGAACCUUUUGGAGAAGACCGGGCGCAAAGCCGUGCUGAAAGGGAUGGGAAGCACCGUGCCAGGCAGUGCGGCUGUGGCCAUGGUGUCCGGCCCUGGCUUGAUCCAGGGGGUGGUGAGGUUCUUGCAAGUCUCCCCUGAGAAAUGCCUGGUGGAUGGGACCGUUGAUGGGUUGGAGCCGGGGUUGCACGGCUUGCACGUCCACGAGUUUGGAGACAUCAGUGGCGGCUGCAACAGCUGUGGGGACCAUUUCAACCCUGAUGGGGAAUGCCACGGAGGACCGCAGGAUGAACACCGGCAUACUGGGGAUCUGGGCAAUAUUGUGGCUGCGGCGGAUGGAAGAGCUUCCUUCCGGAUUGAAGACGGCCGACUGAAGGUCCAGGAUAUAAUUGGACGCUCCCUGGUGAUCGACGCAGGGGAAGAUGACUUGGGCCGUGGAUGCCAUCCGCUCUCAAAAGUCACGGGAAAUUCGGGAGACAGAGUGGCCUGUGGGAUCAUUGCCCGUUCCUCAGGCCUCUUCCAAAACCCCAAGAAGAUCUGCACCUGUGACGGAGUGACGCUUUGGGAGGAGCGAGAGCGACCCAUGGCCCGUCUGGGGAAGAAGACUGGCAACCCACUGGCCCCACAUCUCUAGGAUGCCAAGCUCGGGUCUGGGUCUUAUAUGUUAGGAUUUCCAGAAAGGGAGCGGUCACAACAGUAAUUGAGAAUGCAGGGGGUGAUGGCUUCUGGUCCCCAUAAAAGAACCUUCCCCAACCUGGCGCUUCCAUUCCGCUCAUUCUCUAUUUUUGCUAGUAGGAGAGUGAUGGGAAUUGUAGUUCAACACUCUUCUAAGGCCUUAAGUUAGGGCAGACUGCACUAAGGUUGGGAGAAAGGCACAUUCCAUUUGGUUUUGUAUUAGGAAUGAGACGCGUAUCUUAGUUCGACUCCUUUGAAUCCCGUCCGUAUUCACUUUCCAUUUUUACUUCGUGUCGGACUGAAAAAGAGCUGUGCUUUUCCAAGGAACGUUUCCGCAAUGAGCCGUGUUGAAUCUUGUUUAUUGAUGAAAUCAUGUUUGUAAACAUCUCCAGACAAAACGCAUUUUGAAUUGAGCACAUGUACUUUGUAUACAAACUGAAAAUAAUUUUAACAUUUCUGCUAUUUGGGGCUUCUCCUUGUGAUGACGUGCCUUUUCGUUAAGUCUCAGAAAGGAUGUAUUUCAUAAAUGGUAAAGAAGUUACAUGGAUUAAUGUCUCUUCCACCCCAAUUUGGAGAUAAUUUGGUGCUCUUUUAUACUCCAGAUACUACCUUUAUUAAAGUGUUAUCAGGGAUAUAACUGCCAUCACCAUCAACUUGAAGCCUUCCUACAAUUCUUUCCUUAAAACCAUCUGCCGAAUGGCAUUUUAUUUAGAAGCAUCCUUUAAUACAGAUACGAAUUUUAACCAA